UUGAAGCUCCUAGAGAACCUCGUCGCCCUAAAACUCAUUGGGAUCAUGUCUUGGAAGAGAUGGUUUGGCUUUCGAAGGAUUUUGAAUCUGAAAGGAAAUGGAAAUUGGCUCAGGCAAAGAAGGUUGCAUUUAGAGCCAGCAAGGGAAUGUUGGAUCACGCCACACGAGGAGAAAAGAAACUGAAGGAAGAAGAACAGCGGUUGCGGAAGGUUGCUCUUAACAUUUCAAAGGAUGUCAAGAAGUUUUGGAUGAAAAUAGAGAAGCUGGUUCUUUACAAGCAUCAGAUGGAGCUGGAUGAAAAGAAGAAAAAGGCACUGGAUAAGCAACUAGAGUUUCUUUUAGGACAAACUGAGAGGUACUCUACAAUGUUAGCGGAAAAUUUAGUGACUCGUACAAACCUCUGCAACAGUAUUCAUUGCAGGGUCAAAUGAGUAGUCGCUUAAAUGAAGAAGGGAAGGGGCAACUGUGAGUUUGCAGAGUCGAC